AUGGCGCUCUCCAUCGCGUCCUCCCAGCUCUCCUUCGGGCCUUCUUCCUCUUCGUCCUCCUCUCCCCGCCGGCCUGUGCUCGCCUUUGUAGCCAGAUGGCCUACGCCGGACGCCCACGCCCUUCCGCACCCCAUCUCCUUCCUCUCCCUCUCCCCGCGACUCGAGCUCCGGUACUGGAACAGGAAGAGGAGGAGAGGCGGCUCCGCGCGGCGCCGCACCCCGUCGGAGUUUGUGGUCGCUGCGUCCUCGGACUACUACUCUGUCCUUGGAGUCCCGAAGUCUGCUGAUGGAAAGGAGAUCAAGGCCGCUUACCGCCGUCUCGCUCGCCAGGUUAGCCUUCCGCUGUGCAUUUGUUUGAUUAGGGAAACUCGUGAGUUCUAUAUUUCUUCUCUUUUUUUACCUCAAAAUUAAAUAUGAAUGCCAUUUCUUGGAUGUCUGAUGCCUUUGAGGAUCCAGAUUCCUGUGAGGAUUUUUGCCCAUUGUUGAUUCCAAUUUUUCUCGUUACAUGACAUCUUUUUUAUUCGUUACAAGUUUUUUCCCUUCAUUCGAUUAUCGAGAAGUUUCGCUUGUGUCGGUGGCCAUCGAGAAAAGGUCCUUGUUGAAGCUUUAGAGAAUUGAUCACACUAUUGCUAGUUUUCGCCAUUUUUGUAGAGUGAGGGUAAUGCAGAGAGUGAAUGUGUUCCUUCUGCCCUUCUCCUCUCGCAAUCACAUAUGUGAAAGUACUCGGUCAUUACAUUCAAAGUCAGUAGCAUCUCAUGCCAAAUUACCAGAAGAAUAAAACAAUCUUGGAAGAAAAAAAUUCCCAGUUCUAUUGUCAGCUUUGUGUUUCAGUAGAUUCCAUGUUAUUGCAAUCAAACACUACCAGCUUAUGCUAAGACACCUCUUAUGUCUAUUGCUCGUUGUUGUUGAGGAAAAAAAAAAGAUUCUCCUGGUUUUGUGUUGGUUUGCAGAUGAUUGGGGGAUGCAUCGUUUCUCCAAUUUUUUUGAAAGAAAGUUUUUCGGUGAUAUUGAUUUCAUUUCUUGUUGGAAGAAGAUAUCAUGGUAUAUAUGUAAAAACAACAGAGGAUAUCAAAGUGAAAGACAAAGAGGAUUAGCUAGCUUUUUAUCUGUCUACCUCAAAUUCAUGUAGCAUUCUGCUAAUUAUGAUCCUCAAAAUGUCGAAAAUAUCCAUCAUUUUUUCGAAUCAGAUGCAGUAGGUUUUACUGUACAUUGAAUUUCCGUGGUAUUCCUAUCGUUUCCUUCCAGACAAUUUUAUUUUCUCUGAAAGCUAAACAACGUGUAGAAUGGGGGGUAAAACUUUUCUGGUUUUAGUUAUUUCUCCUCUGAUAUUUUUAAGCCUCUUAUGUAGACGAUGAGAACGAAUUUACAAGGAAUUAAUCUUGUCUUACCAUUUUUCAUACUCUGGGUUUUAUUCUUUGAAUUCAUCCAUGUGAGGUCCAUUGUAAAAAAUUCAAAUGCCCAUGAAAAUAAGAAUCAUGAAUGUCUUAGAUCUACCAUUCACAUAAAUGGGGUGUAGUUUCGAGAUCUCAAGAUGGUAGGUCUGAUGAAAGAGAGGGAUGUUCUAGCUACCAGGCACAGAGAUGAUAAUUCAACUUAUGAGCGCAUUGAGCAUGAAGAAGGAUGUUCUUGGCGUUUGACUUAGGAUGAUUUUCUAGGUAUUAUCUGAUAGAAGAAGUUAGUAAAAGAAACAGAAUUUUGGAAGGAAAAGAUUUGAACAUUCUGAAAGGGAAGAUCGUUACAAAGGACAUGGAUGAUAAUCUUCUUGACAAUGGGUGAAUUUGGAAACCUUCUUGUAGAUCAGGUAUUUUAAGUAGGUAAAGAGGUGAGCAUUGUGACGACAUUGUCUUGUGAUGGACAGACCAUGACUUGACAUCAUGGAUGCCAGUAUGAUCUUUUCAAGUCAGAGGAAUGACAUCAUAGUGAGAUCUGUGGGAGAUAAGAGAUAUUACUAAAGGUUCUUCUUCAUCUUCGUCUUUCCUUUAGGUCAGCAUCGUUUGCUAUCUUCUUUUUCUCCUCCUCCUUUUCCACCUUAUGCUUCUAUUUUCCCUUUCUCUUUCUCCUCUUUUAAUUUUGGAUCAAAACCUUGGACUUGUAGUGUUGACAUGGUCUAGUUUAGGCUUCUGAAACGAAGAAAACAUUAUUAUAAACUGCCAUAUGCCACAUGUUAUCGUUAGAAUGCAGGAAAAUAAUGGGAAGAAAUUCUUGAUAGAUAGAUAAGUCAUGUCGGUUGUACAGUUCGGAAUUUCAGGCAAGUUUCAUCUUCAAUUUUGCGUGCUUCUCUAAUAAAACUAUAGGCCCUUUCUGCAUCAUGAGUUUCACACCAUUGAAAAGUUUGCAUUGUGAAUUAGAAAAGUUAGAUGUGGUAUGUCAGUUGCUGUAUUCCUUGUCUCUUCUCUAUGUAACUCAGUAUUCAUGACUCAAACAGCGACAGCAAAAGAGGUGGUAAUAUCUGAGGGGUUUCCUGUAAAAAACUUAUCAUGCCUCUUAUGAUGUUAUGUUCCAAUAAAUUUUCUACAUCAUCUUUCAUAUAGUCAUAACAUCAGUUUUUGUUUAUUGAAGUAUCAUCCUGACGUGAACAAGCAGCCAGGAGCUACUGAAAAGUUCAAGGAGAUCAGUGCUGCAUAUGAGGUAAUUUAUGACUUCCUAGCAUUUUCUCUUAAUUGUUUUUUUGAUUUAAACUUACUUUCGCUAUUUGGUGCCUCAUAAUUACAUGAUGUGAUAAUUGUUGGAGCUGAAAGGGAGACUGAAAGGAGGGUUGAUUUGUCUCUUUGGACUUUCAUUUAUGAUUAUUUUUGUGAAACUUAGUUCUAGAGGGCAGUUAGCUCCCAGAUUUGUCUCAGUAAGUUACACAAUAUUCUUAUAAUGGUUUGACCCCUUGGCUAUCGGUACUCUUUCAAAGAUUCUUCAUCCUUUGGUGACACUAACUUAUCCCGCGAUAUAAUUCUUAACUUCAGUGUACGCAGUAUUAAAUCGCAGUUACAGGCAACCAUAUAUGCUAUAUUUUCUGUACCAGAAAGCUAAUUUCUUGAUUAUAAUUCUAGGUUAUCUAGUACUCUUUGCCCAUAUAGGAAUAUAGCAACAAAUCCAGAUAUUUUGAUUAGACAAGAUCUUGGAGCACCAGUUUUUUCCCUAUGAGCUUUGAUUGCACUUGAGGACUGGGAAGCAGCAUUCUUGAGUUUGAAUGCCCUAAAAUGAUGUUGAAAGUUAUUGUUAAAAUGUCUGAACGAAAUGCUACUGACAAACCAUUAUCAUUCGAGUUUUUCAUUCUAGUUUUCUGUUGUAUUCAGUCAUGUAACUGUAUGCUGCUGAAGAUUAGUCAUCUGACGUGGUGUUCUUGUCUUUCAGUUCUUCCCAACUUUUAAUCUCUGCCUUAGCUUGUGUACUUAAAUGCUGCAGUUUGACCUUUUGUGGAACGUGAACGUGGACAAGAUGAAAAAUAGCGAUUAGAUAAGCCUGAACCAUCACUUAUGCUUUGUUCUGAUCUGUUGUAUUCAAGGUCAUGCAACAACAUGAUCAGUGGGGUUCCUUUGAGAUGUGAUGACAUUUGUGUAUUGCUUGAACAUUGACAUUCAUGAUCUUUUUACUUCCUCCAACUUUAAUGCAUCACUUUGUAAUGAAUUUGCUUUGACAUGCACCAAUAGGGUUCUUCUUUUCAUGUUGUUUGGAAGUGAUCUAAUUUCAUAACAGCAGCUUUAAAUGCCUUGGUUCAUCUGUAUUUUGUUAUUUCUUUGUCUACAUGCUUCAUAUCUAUUUUGUAUGUGCAUUCAGGUAGGUUUGUAGCCCAUUGUGAGCAUUAGUUUUCUUGGAUUUCUGAGACAGCUGAGAAUUAUUUAUGUCUUCUAAUGCCACAUUAACCAUUUUAUCUAAGUCUCACUUCGGUAAAUUGUAGCUGGGUGAUACUAAAUAUUCUUAAAUUUUCCGUUAAGUAAGGUAUCAGGUUUUGAUUAAUGACUGAGUUGUUUCAUCUUUAGGUGUUGUCAGAUGAUAACAAAAGGGCUGUAUAUGAUCGGUAUGGUGAAGACGGUCUGAAGAGUUCAGUGGGCGGCUCUGCUGGAGCUUAUACGGUAAAGUGAUGACCGUUUUAUAGUUAGGUUAGCAUGGCAUGAAAUAACUGCGUUGUAAAAGCGAUGUUAUUCCUUCUGUCUUUGGUACACUUCUUAAGGCAUACAAUGUAUAUUUUACCACUCAGGAACAUAAUCUGAUCUCCCAAUUCUUCGUUUUGAUUUGCAAUUUUUCUUGUGCAGAGUAAUCCAUUUGACCUGUUUGAGGCCUUCUUUGGGCAAAGUAUGGGUGGUUUCUCCGGAGUUGACCAAAGCACAUUUAGAACACGUAGACGCAGUACUGUUACAAAGGGUGAAGAUAUUCGGUGAGCCAUGGAGCACCACUUAAAAAAUUUACAUAUUUAUUACUAGCCUUUAGAUAGUAUACAACACCAUGAUAAGAAUUUUAGCGUUUGCUGUGACAGAAACAUCUAAUCGUUUCUCAGGAUCGGUUGGUCAUGUGAAUGUCAUGAGUGACCUCUAUGUGAUGCUCAUGCUUUUCUGUUUAAUAUUCCUUCCUGCUUUGUCCAACUACUAUUUUCUUGUAGUGGUUGAAAUCAUUUUCUUGAAUUAGCACUAUUUUUGUAUUCAUUCUAGUUUUGUAUAUUUAUUGUUUCUAUUGAGGACCUGAUUUCUAUGUCUUAAGGAGGACAGCCCUCUUGUGUAUGUCUUCUUGACUAAAUCAUAACGCGCUUAUACCUUUCCUUCAAAUUCUGGAACACAGAUGCUCUUCUUGGAAUAGGUUUUUCUUUAAAAUAGAAUAUUAUCCAAUGAAAAUAAAUGGUCUAGGUUCGAAUAUACAAUGAAUUACUAUAAUACUUAGAAGAUCUAUUAUUUUCCAUUUUUAGUUGUAAUUUUUUAUGUUUUAUUUAUUUCUCCUACUUCUUCUCUUAUUGUCAUGUUAGUUGCAUGUCUUAUGUCAGUUCCGGAAACUUGAAAUAUGAUAUGGAUGAACAUUACGAUGGUUUCAGUAGGCAGUUGGUGAUUUAUGUUUGCACGUUUUUUUCUUGCCGCUGCUAUGGACGUUGAAAUAUACUACUACUGAUGCCUUUCUAGCCCUCAUUUUGUGGGUUAUCCCUUCAUUUGUUAAUAAAUGUUUUGUAUUGGGCACCUAUCAUGAAUUAUUUUUGUUAAUGACGUCUUAUUGUGUAGGGGAGAUUUGGCUCAUAAAUAAAAGCUUUUUUGCAGUUAUGACCUGACCUUGGAGUUUUCUGAGGCUAUCUUCGGAGUGGAGAAAGAAAUUGAGCUAUCUCAUUUGGAGACCUGUGAUGCUUGUGAUGGUACUGGGGCAAAGGUAGGCUCUAAGUUGAGGGUAUGUCCCACCUGCGGUGGAAGGGGUCAAGUAAUGCGAACAGAGCAAACACCAUUCGGCUUGUUUUCUCAGGUAUUUAGUAUUUCUCUUAAGUAAAAAGUUUCCCACACAUUCUUUGUUUGAGAAAAUGAGUUGAAUUUCUUGUGGCUGAAGAAAUAGUAAUCUAGAUGGUUCUUGGGAAGGACUUUAAAAAAUUCUUAUUUUCGGUCUCUCUCCUUUCAAAAUCUGAAACGAAGGAUGUCUUGUAACGCUAAGGUAGCUAAAUCCAACUAAAGACGUAAAAUUCUCUUUUUUUUGUUUUGGUUUUGGGGUGGGGAAGGCCUAAAAGAUAUUCUGAUCUCUCCAAAAUACGGAGCCAGAUAGUAACAAGGUGCUAUUCUAUGUACUACGGAAAAAUACUGAGCCAGAUUUACCUGAUUAUUUCGAUUUUUUCAAUCUUUUAACUAUGUUUAUAUGUGGCGCACGAGUUAAAAAGUUGUUUGCUCUACAUGCUGACACGGAAACCAUUUUUCUGAUACAUCUGCUACCUGUUUUAACUGUUGGUAGUGCCUAGGUAUUAUUGUCUUGCUGGAAAACUAAGUACAAUGUCUGACAAAAGCUGGGAAAUUGCUCAUCAUUAUCUGCAAUAUGAAUUCUCUUCUUGCCUUUUGAAAAGUGAUCUCCUGGCAAUUUAUCUCUUUGUACCAUGGAUAAAGUGAGCACAUGUUGUCUUGAUGUCUCUCCAUUCUAUGUUCUACUAUCCUAUCAUGUUCUCCUUUUCACUUAUGCGUGAGAUGAAGUAUCUCAUUUUAGAACACAAUAUACUAGCGACAUAGUUGCCUCUUCCGUACUUAUCCUUUCCAAACUUCAGGUUAUCUGAUCUUCUGAAGUUGUGCCAUCCAACUUGCGAAUCUACUACAUUCCAGGUCUUGUUUUGUCCAUGUGAUUAUCUACUAUUCAAAUGGGAAUGGUCUGUGGAGGAAAAAUGAAAGAUAGAAGAAAAAGUUGCAUAACUUUUAACACAACUACACGAGAUGAUGUCCAUCUAUGGCUAUCGGAUCUAUAUUCUGAUAGACUGUCUAAUAAUCUUUAUUCUUCUUAAUCAUGCGAAUCAGCCAGGCUGCUUUGGUUUUCCACAAAUCCGUGUCUGGACGUAGGAUCUAAUGCUACAACUUUGAUAUCAACCUCGACAAGGUGGUACUAUAUUCCCCUCGUGCUCGUUUUCGGCUGUAGAGCUAUGACAACUUUCACGGGGCCAGUUGGCAGAUAAAAAACAUUUAUUAAGCUUGUUCAGUAAGGGAAAAUCCUUAAUCUCCCGCAAAACAUUAGAAAGUCUAUAUGACACAAAAAAGAGGCAAGCAUCUUCUCGUCAUUGCAUUGCAUUGCACCAAGUCGUAAGAAAACGUGAUUCUAUUUUUAAAAAUCCAAAAUACCCCUAAGAAAGGAUCCGGAACAUUGCAUUGCACCAAGAUACUAGUCAGGUAAAAGUUAAAAUCAUUUAGUAAUAGAUAUUCUCGUCAUGUAGGAUGCAUCCAUUUAUUUUCUGGGAAGGUAUGAAUGUGCAAUAUAUUAACAUUGGAAUUUAUGAUCAUUUUUUUUGCUUAUUUUUGUUUAUCUUCUAUGUUUUUUGCAUUUGAGAAUAUAGAUCACCUGGAAGAUAAUGUUAAUGAGCAAACACAGGCUGGUUAACAGUUUUAGUAUUUACUCUUCUUGUUUACACUUUUGAGCAAGGUCUACAACGUUGCCAGUAAAAGCAAGCUGAUUAGCCUUCGGAUGCAAUAUCAGCAGUUUCUUCUCUGUAAUUUUAACACGUUUUUUCUCCCUAAGUUUUUCUACUGGCGGAAAAAAUUUAUUAAUUCUUAUCGUCAAACUGAUUUUGUAUGUAGGUUUCCAUUUGUCCUACUUGUGGUGGUGAAGGUGAAGUAGUUUCUGAGUCUUGCCGAAAAUGUUCUGGUCAAGGGCGUGUUCGUACUAAGAAGGACAUAAAAGUUAAAAUUCCACCUGGAGUUAGCAAAGGGAGCACUCUUCGUGUUCGUGGUGAGGGUGAUGCAGGAGCAAGAGGGUAUGACUAGACAUUAGGAUUUGCAAUAGUAAUUUUUUUCCUGAUUAUUCCAGUGUUCUAUAUCUGGAUAGUUUUCCAUUACGCGUUGUGAUGUCCUAUAUUUCCCAUGUCAUAAAAUUGACCUAUUUCUGAUUCAGCAUCUGAUUCUUUUACCCACUUGUAAGUAUAUUCAUUGGUAGUAAUCAAUAAUUUCACUUCAGUUUCUUACUUAAGCAGGGGGCCUCCGGGAGAUCUUUAUGUAUGUCUUGAUGUCCGGGAGAUACCUGAGAUUCAAAGGGAUGGUAUCAAUCUGCUGUCAACAGUCUCAAUCAGUUAUAUUGAAGCGAUUUUAGGGACUAUCGCUCAGGUGAUUUUUUUCUCCCUUUUUAUCGCAUAGUAUUUUGUUUAGUUUUCUGUAAUAAACAGGUCAUUAAUUUUCCAAAAAUCAUGUUCUUAGUUUCUGAAUGACAUACUAGGCAUCAAGACUUUGACCUCUUUGAUUCCGAAAUUCUUUGGAGAAGGCAGUAGCUUAUGAAAUGCACUAGAAGUCCCUCUCUCUGACCACAUAAGUAGAAAAAGACGGACCUGGAAUUUACGUCCAGUACUUGAUGCCCCUUGGAUGGUCGUGUUUCAAAGAUUAUCAAAUAGACUACAAAAAGAUUUGACUUAUUCAUUGGUCAAGAACGGGCCGUCUUUCCAAACGGAUAGCUUCAUAUGGUCACAAAUUAAUCCUCAGACAGUAGUAUAUCCAGCCUAUAAUUAUUUUGUGAAAUGGAAAAACAUUGUUUCAUGUGCCAACACAUGUUUCUGUCGUACAUAUUAGAAGUUUCCUGCCACAGGUUUUGGUUGAAUGUGUUUUUUGCCAAUAUGAUGUCCGUUAUCUACGGGGCAGCGCCAAAUUGAAAAUAUAGUUUUGGAAAACUUCAAUCUUGUACAGAUGAAUUAUCUGUGCCUCUGUUCUCUAGUUAUCUUCUUCAUCUUUUCAUUGUGAACUUGUGUUUGGGAAGCAUUUUGAUUUUCUGCUUUAGUUGAUUGCAGUCGUUUAUCUUGUACUCGAUAUGUAACUCGUAUGCAUAAGUAGGGCUUGACAUGGGUUCAUUUUUCUAAGAUACGGACUAGUCUUUCAAAUGUGAAUGGCAUCCAAACUGCCUUUUCUAUAUGCGAAUAACAUGGUACUAGUUCUUACAGAUCUUCACAGAAUAAUGUACUGGAUUACUGGUGAUCUGAAAAAUUGGCAUCAUGCACUAUUAACUUACUGAAAUCUUGUUAUUCCACAGAGCAUACAUUUGUGGUUAACUAUUCCUUGAGAGGUGGGGUACUGUCAAAAACUUGUUGUCAUAAUGCUAAAACAUAUUAAGGAAGCUGAUAUGGUUUCUUCAUCUGUUUCCUGGGUAACACUUUACAUGAGAAGUCCUGUUGAAAACAUAAACAAAGGGAGAACGGCCUCUGUCAUGGAGGGCAAAGGAGAGGAACGGGGGACAACCUCCUCAAGAUUCAUUCACCUCUAACGCCCAUUAUAUAGGGAGAAACCCUACACACUUUCCCAAAAUACCCUCAAUCUUUUACGGUAUUUUCUUACGACUUGGAACUUCCAACAACUCCCUGAAACAAGUUUGGUAUGUGAUAAAAAUAUGUCGUAUAUAUUUUAGAAUGAAAACUUGAAGUUUAGACGCUGGGCUUAUUCAUCUGCACUGUACUAUCAUCUUGGUUUUUCAUACAGUUGUGUACUGUGUGACCUAUGCGGUACGCUUUCAAUGACUUCAAAAGACUGUUCAUUCAUCCUGUUUGAAUAAUUGAAAAGUUCAGUAACAGUUGCCCACCGUUUCACAUCGUGAAAUGCAUUUCAUUUGUUUGUAAAGCCAUGCAUGAUUGUUCAAAUUCCUUCGUCCAUUUCAUUCACUUUGCCUUGCAUCUCAAUAAAUCCAAGAAUAUGUAGGAUUAAUGGGCACGUUCUUCUCAGAAGAAAUCGAUCAGUGUAAUUGGUUCUAGUUGACCUUUUCCGCUGUAAUAGCUUUCGUUCGACAGGUGAUGACAGUUGAUGGUGACACUGAGCUUCAAAUACCCCCUGGUACUCAACCUGGUGACGUGCUUAUUUUAGCUAAACGGGGUGUUCCUAAGUUAAAUAAGCCAUCCGUGCGUGGUGAUCACUUGUUUACUAUCAAAGUCACCAUACCAAGUCGUAUCAGGUGAAUCCUCCAUUCAGUUUUUUUUUUUUUUCUGUAGAACUUGUAGAUAACAUAUCCGUAACCAUCCUCUGAUAUCUGUGCCCAUUUCAUGCAUGAUGAGGAGAUGAAUCCCUCGAUGCUGCUGUUCUAUGUUUUGAUUGAAUACUCAGUUCCCCUUUGUUCUUAUGCAUACUUUAGUGUUUAUCUUAAUAUGCCAUGACGAACAUCUUUUAUGGAUCUCUUUUAAGCUAGGAGGGUAAAACGAUGUAGAAAUUUGGAUCUGUCGUGAUGAAUUUUUCUUGCUGUCAUGUAUGCUGACGUAUUUCUUGUUUUCUCUAGUGGGAGAGAACGGGAGUUGCUUGAACAACUCGCAUCACUGAAUGACCCGACUGCCAGCCGUCCUCGAACUCAUUCCAGACCAAGUAUGUUGAAUUCCAUGUAUGGCAAUUAGUUGUCAAUGCUUGCAGUGAAGGUGGCAGAAUCUAUCGUUAGAAAGAUGGUCCCAGUGGUUGAAGCUUGUCUAUCUAUAUUCAUGUUUUGUGAUUUUUCCUCGUGGUUGAACGUAUCUGCCUUUGACUCCGUGCUCUGUUUCCUUUCUUCUUGCAGCCAAGGACACAGAAAGUCCAAAGGUCGUUGAAGUCAAAUCCGAGGACUCAGAGGCAACAAGUGAAGAAGAUGACGUUUGGCAGAAUGUUAAGAAUUUUGUCGGGUAAGCUUUAUUGGCAUCCGCAGUUAUGCUCCACUUGCAGUCAUCUAUGAUGGAUCCGUCAAAGGUUUUGCUCUUUGCAAGUACUGUGAUUCUAAUCAUGGUGAUGGGGGCCACUGUGAUGCAGGUCGGCUGCCAAUGGAGCCCUCAAAUGGCUGAGGGACAACCUCUAA